AUGAAAGCAUCCUGGUAUCCUCGUAUAAUUGCUCAUCAUCCGUAUAUCAUUUUACUGGUCAUUUUUAUAUUCUCUUUAGUAUGUCUAAUUAUUCCACUUACAAUUGAAAAGUUUCCAGAUUUUACGGAUCCUCAAAUGGGUUUUGAGGCAAGAGGUACAGUUUUAGCACAAAGACUGACAGCUUGGAAUCAUUUAAUAGAAGCUACAAAAGGAAGAGGAGAACUUACUGAUAAUCCUUUAGAAUAUUAUCAUUAUGUACAUCAACUAACUCAACAAGCUAAUAUGCAAAAUCGUAGUUUAUCUACUCAGGGUAUUCUUAGAAAAAAACCAAAAGGUAAAAAUAAACAAAAGGGGAAGAAACAUCAAACAAUGUUAAAUAACACAGAUUAUAAAGAAGCGAGUGAAGAAGACAAAGAUACAUGGGAAGAAUUAUUAGAAUUAAGAGAUACGCAUAAUGCAAAUAUAGAGGAUGACAAGACUCAAGAUCAUCUUGAUAGUGAUAAUUUUUUCUGUAAUCUACCAACUUCUUCAUAUGCUCGUGUCGUGAUCGCCGUAGAUUCAGAGGAAAAAAAUUUAAAUUUAUGGUCGAUGGAGGGUGUAUUAGCUCAAUGUCAUAUUGAUGGUGUACUUCGUGGAAACGUUCACUUUCCAUCUUUGUGCCAGACGCAAAUCAAUCGCAAUGAUGCGGCAAAUCAUAAAUGUUGUAGAAGUUGGUCACCAGCUAACUAUGUGGCACUUUUAUCAAAUCGCAGUUCUUGUUUGGGAAUAACAGAGAAGGAUCUUAGCAGAGUAAAAACACUUUUGCAACAAUGCGCUUAUUACUAUCAUAACCGUCAGUUGACGCCUAACUGUGCAGAAGACUUCAAUUGCCAAAAACAUGUGCCAACCGAAUGCUACAUGAGAAAUGCAGCUUAUCAUUUAUUACACUAUCUUUUAGACGUUAAUUUUAUCCCGAGUAAGACGGAUUCCAGCAAACAAAAUUCGACAUUGCAUUCUGCAAUGCUAUUUCUUCCAAUUGCGGCAAGCUCUGCGACUUUAGAUUUUUAUAAAGCAAUAGAUAAUAAUGACUUAAUGUAUGGAAAUUUUCGUGUUCAAGGCAUUCAACUUGGUCUAAAAAGUAUACUAUUUGAUCGCGAUAUAUUGUCUGAUUCGAGUCUGGUACUCGCUGGUUUUAUCUUUGUUACAUUUUGUAUCUGGGCAUAUACUGGCUCUAUAGUAUUGACUAUAGCAACAAUUUUCGCAGUAGUAUUUAGCCUUGGCAUUUCAUAUGCAAUUUAUACUGUUGUUUUACAUAUUAAAUUUUUUCCAUUUAUGAAUUUAUUGGCCAUUGUUGUAGCCGUAGGUAUUGGAGCAGAUGACGCAUUUAUUUACUGUAAGAUAUGGGAAUCUAGGAAACAACAAAAACUUUCAAAUGAUGGAUUAGUACAGUUUGUACAAGAAACAAUGAAACAUGCUUUUCCAGCUAUGUUUGUUACAUCUCUUACUACAGCAGUAGCUUUUUUUGCAUCAAUUGUCAGUAAUGUGACUGCCAUAAAUUGUUUCAGUUUAUUUGCAGGCAUGACAGUCAUUGCAAAUUUUUUCUUGAUGAUUACAUGGUUACCUGCGUGUGUGAUUGUGUCAGAGCAUUGUAAAUUAUCCACUCUAUCGCCUGUCAAUUUUAUUACCAGAAGAAUUAUUCGUCCUUUACGAUCUUUGGGAGACAAAGUGACAAUAGGAUUUACCACCUUUCUUACUGGAUUAGUGCUUCGAUUACGUUGGUUUUGGUUAUUAAGUUUGGGGAUUAUGGCAUCAGCGUGUUGCAGUAUCGUCUUCCAUUAUCCGGGUUUGGAACUGCCAGAUUAUAUGGAUUUUCAAUUAUUCCAUGAUACACAUCCGUUCGAAAAAUAUGAUCUAGUAUAUUCACGGAGAUUCUGGUUUGAACGAUACGAAAUGGUUGGCGGAGAUGCUGAAGUUUUACCGUUAAGAUUUGUUUGGGGCAUAAAUCCAGUCGACAAUGGUGAUUACCUUGAUCCUCGUAAACGAGGAACACCUGACUGGGAUGAUACUUUCAAUAUUUCUCAUCCAAAAUCUCAAUUAUGGCUUGAACAAUUUUGCCGAAAUUUACGGAGUCAACCUUUUUACCGUAGCACUAUUGGACCUUUACUAUCUAAUUGCUUUAUUGAUCCAUUACGUACGUGGAUGAUGAGACAUUGUAAAGAUCCUAUCGCCUACAAACCAAGCGUUCUGCAACAAUGUGCAGCUGAAGCUAGCAAUAGAAUACAUCACACGCCUCACUUGUGGUUUCGGACUGGUCCACUUUCUGCAGGUCCAAAAUUUGUCAAAGAACCAUUAUUGUCCACGCAGGCAUCAAACGAUACGUUUCCAAUUAAAGUAAUACCUAAAAUUAAAGCGCUUAUUGUAGAAUAUGAUAGCACAUACGCAUAUAGUCUCUCGUUUGGAAAUAUGGAUAAAUUUUUUAAUGAGGUUGAAAAUUGGAUGCAGAAUCAAUUACGAACUGCGCCUCGAGGGAUGCGACGUGGAUGGUUUAUCAGCCAUCUAGAAUUUUAUGAGCUUCAACGUACAUUAUAUCAUGGAACCUUAUAUGCGAUGGGAGUAUCGCUAACUUUGGCUCUAAUAGUAUUAGCGCUGGUGACCUUAAAUCCUCUUAUUAGCCUGUAUGCAAUUCUAGCUAUUGGUGCUGUAAUAAUUGUAACCGUGGCAAUACUUAUUCUUCUUGGAUGGAAACUUAAUAUUUUAGAAAGUGUUGCAAUCACUACAGCAAUAGGACUUGCUGUGGACUUUAGCUUGCAUUACGCUGUGAGUUAUAAAGCAUGCGUCUCUGAGAAGAAAAUAGACAGAGUAAAAGCGGCACUACAACAAAUGGGUGGUCCUACUCUUAUGGCAGCAAUUACAAGUGGUGCUGCGGGCGCUUUAAUGUUACCUUCUCAUGUACUAGCGUAUAUACAAAUCGGUCUUUUUUUAGUGCUUGUAAUGGGAGUAAGUUGGAUAUAUGCAACGUUAUUUUUGUGUCCAAUGUUAGCAGUUAUAGGACCGUCUUCACAAUUUGCUCAGUUUAAAUAUCCCAGACUCAAAAUAUUAUCAAUUUGUUAUCGUAAAUAUGAUGAUGGCGGGGUAGUUGAAACCGACAAAGAUAACAAUCGAGCAAAGAAAGCUUAUAAAGGACGGGGAAUGCUUUCGGAAUCAACUCUAAGCACUUCUAGCUCCGUAUGUCAAUUUCAUUGCAGUGAAUUGGAAACUCUUGCUGCAAGGCCUCCAUCUCCGUCAUUGCCACCAUCUCCAUUAUCAACAUUACUUCGUUAAAACAAUCACUAUUUAAUUAGAA